UGUUCGAUAGAAUGGAGGUUCUGUGGCAUUGAUUAGCUCUUCCCGAACACGUACGUAAGUACAAAAUAAGUUAUCAGCAUAAAAAAUCACCUGUCCCGCGAACUAAAAUCGAACCUCAUGCGGGAGAAUAUCCAAUAGAUCAAUAUGGAGUCCAACGAUAUUAUGGACUAUUUGAGUGCCUCCAUCGCUGGUGGAACAGUUCUGAUCUUGUUAAUCGUGAACUACUGGCUUUGGUGUAUUCCCAUGAAUCGGAUUCGUUCAGUGGACGAAGUAGGAUUCAAUCACAUCUUGGAAACAGGAAAGCGAAAGAAGCUGGCUAUUAAUCGAUUGAGGAAGACUCGAAAAGCGGGCAAAAUGCCGCCAGCCUUUCCCAACGGAUGGUUUGUUCUUGCGGAAACGAGAGAUAUCGAGCCUGGGUUGAUCAAACAUGUGAGUGCCUUGGGGUCGGAUUUUGCAGUCUUCCGGGGAGAAGAAUCCAAGAAGGUCUUCGUCACAGAUGCGUAUUGCCCGCACUUAGGGGCCAAUAUCACGGUCGGAGGCUCCAUUGAAGGCGAUUGCGUCACGUGUCCUUUUCACGAAUGGAGUUUUGACGGCAAUACCGGGAAAUGUGUGGAUAUUCCAUACGCUGAAAAGAUCCCGGACAGUGCCAAAUUGUCAACAAAGACCUGUAUGGAGGCCAAUGGUCUUAUUUACGUGUGGUUUCACUCUGAUGGCAUUGAACCCACGUGGUUUCCACCGAUCAUGGAUCAACUGGCUCCAUCUGCACCAAAAUGUUGGGUGUACCAAGGACGUAAUGAGUACGAGAUCUCGUCACACAUUCAAGAUAUCCCCGAGAAUGGAGCUGAUGUGGCUCAUUUGAAUGCAGUCCACAAGACCACGAUUUUGGCGGGAGGAGAACCGUCCCAAUGGAUCCAGAGUCUCACCCAGUGGGCGUGGCAUGAGUGGGGAGUUCGAUGGGCGCCAGAAACGGAGGAGGGUCGACAACACAGAGCCAAAGUGGAACUCAAACACGAGAUGAAAGUGCUUGGAGGCAUUCCUUUGUUUUCUCUGAAUGUUGUGGGAGAGCAAAUUGGCCCCGCUUUGGUUCAUUUGCAUUUCGAAUCUUUCAUGGGGAAAGGUGUCAUGAUACAAUACGUCCUGCCCUUGGAACCUAUGCUUCAAAAGAUAGUCCAUGUGUUCUACACCCAAAGAACUUGGCUGGCUCCCUAUGCCAAAAUGGUUCUUCUUGGUGAAUCCAUCUUACUGGAGAGAGAUAUCGCUGUUUGGAACAGUAAAACUUAUGCGGAUCGUCCAUUUCUCGUAAAAGAAGACCAUUUGAUCAGGCAACAUCGUCGUUGGUACUCUCAAUUCUACUCGGAGAGUAGCCCGAGGUUUGCCGAAACCAAUGGAGUCCUGGAUUGGUAACAAGUUCGAAAAAAACCUAUGCCAAUAGGUUGCGAUAAUAUGUAGUCUCAUCUACGAAUAAAGUGACUGUCCAAAGCC